AUGGAUGAGGAGGUGGAAGAACAAGAAGGUGAUGAACCAAUCAUUGUGAAUGAUUCAGCAGUGGAAGAGGAAAAAGAAGACAUGGAACACUUAGAAGCAUAUAACCGGAAAUUAUUGGCAAACAUAUUGCCAGUUCAUGUUGCGGAACAUUUUCUCAAUACGGAAAAGAAUAAUGACGAACUAUACCACGAACAAUGCGACUUUGUUUGCAUAAUGUUCGCCUCAAUACCAAACUUUUCGGAAUUCUACGUGGAACUUGAAGGCAACAAUGAAGGCGUUGAGUGUUUGAGACUACUAAAUGAAAUCAUUGCGGAUUUUGAUGAAAUUUUAUCCGAAGAUCAAUUUAAAUACAUUGAAAAAAUCAAAAGCACCGGAGCCACUUACAUGGCAGCUUCAGGCAAGGAUAAUUUAAAUAUUCAAAUAGAUUUUCUAACAUUUACUGUUUCAGGUCUCACUCAAAACACUUGCGAUAUGCAAGGAUAUCGUCACGUGACAGCAAUGGCCGAUUACGCGCUGAGGCUCAAAGAGCAGCUACAAGAGGUGAACGAGCACUCGUUUAAUAAUUUUCGAGCUCGAAUUGGCAUCAAUGUCGGUCCAGUAGUUGCUGGAGUGAUUGGAGCUAGAAAACCGCAAUACGAUAUUUGGGGAAAUGCUGUCAAUGUUGCUUCCAGAAUGGAUAGUACUGGGAUUUGUGAUAAAAUACAGGUCACCAAAGAAGUCUAUCAGAUUUUAAGCACAAAAGGUUUUGUGCUCUCGUGCAGAGGGACAAUUGAAGUUAAAGGCAAAGGCUCCAUGGAAACGUACUUUCUAGAAGGCAAAUCUAAACCGCCUACGAAUAUUAUCGUGAAUCCUCUUGUGUUAGAUACAAUUAAUGAGAAAAAUUAA